AUGGUGAAAUCCGACCAACUCCGCCUCCUCAUCGCCGCCGCGGCUGCGGCCUUACUCUCCAUCGCCGCUGCCGCCGCCGCCUCCGGAGAAGACUUCGGCUGGAUCCCGAUGAAAAAUCCGGCGACCUGCCGUGGAUCGAUGGGGGAGUGCAUGGCGGACGUCGCCGGCGAGUUCGAGAUGGAUUCCGAGAUCAACCGGCGCGUGCUGGCCACGAGACGGACCUACAUAAGCUACGGCGCGUUAGUACCGAACCAAACCCCCUGCUCGCGGCGGGGCUCUUCGUACUACAACUGUCGGGCGGGCGCCCAAGCGAACGCCUAUCAGCGAUCGUGUUCCACCAUCACCAGCGUUGAGUCAUUCAAACGUUUUAUAAUUUUCUCACAAUUUUUCGGAUAUCGGAGUCAUGUUUGUUUGCUGGUGCCGCCGCCGCUGAAGGCGGCAGGUGGCCUAUUGGGUGGCAUUGGAGUUCGGCGCCAAUUGAGAUUGGCUGGACUUAGUCAACUAUCAAAGAAUGAAACUAUUGAUUUCAUCAAACGCAACGUUUCA